AUGCUGUGGCUGUUUGGAUUCCUCUCUGCGCUUCUCUGCGUGACUGCCAACGUCGGCGGGUUCGCAUACUGGCCCGUCCUGUCCCCGUCGCCCUCGAUCCCCUGGGUCGUGGGCGAGAAGAACAUUCUGGCGUGGAAGACGGCGGCGGGGCUGGGCAUCGAGACGUUCGACGUACAGCUGCACAACGUGGACAAGAAGGUGAUGGACGGGUUCAUCAAGCUUGCGCUGCGGGUCCCACACGCCGCGGCAGGCAAGUACGGCACAUACGGCGGCGAGCUCGAGGUGGACCUGACCGAGGACGUGCCGACGGGGGACAAGUUUGUCGUCAUCUUCACGGAAUCCAUGCACGGGCAGGUGUAUGCCAAGUCGGAGCCGUUCAGCAUCUUCAAGGCCGGCGAGCAGCCGGGCAACUACUCUAGCAAUCCCGACAAGGUGCCCGAGCCCAAGACCACUGCUACCCUCACCGAGGGCCCCGUCCCCACGCAGGAGUGGGCCAUUACUCUCAGCGGAAAGCCAAAGGUGUACUCGACCGAAAUGGACGCGGCGGAGAAGGCAAAGGAGACGGCGACUUCGCUCAUUUAG